UUCUGUUAUCAUUACUUUUUUUUCAAAUUUUCAAAAAUUGUUCCGACUCGUUUUUUUUCCAGCUAAAUAUGUGAAUGUGUUGAGAAGUCGUCCAAUUUCUGGUUCAUCGUAAUAUAAGUAAUAUUUUUCUCACCAUUGACAAUCUAUGCGAAAUACUCAUGGAUGAUAAUAAUUCGAUAACCCUACGAAGCGUACAGAACGGUUCAAAAUGUAUAAAAUUGCACGAUGGUUCAGUUUAUCUAUUGGGAAGAAGUCGUGAUACGCAAAUAACUGAUCCGAGAUGUUCUCGAGUACAGUUGUUAGUCUCUGCCGAUGUGAAACAUUGUGAAUUGGUUGUCGAACAAGUUGGUAGCAAUCCAUCAGCAAUAAACGGAGUGAUGCUUAAAAAGGGAGAAAAACGUAAAGCUGUCCAAGGUGAUAUUAUCGAAGUAUUAGCAUCCGAACAUCCAUUCAAAGUAGAAUGCCCGAAUUCUUCUCGCAUGGAGUCCAUCAAGACUGAUAAAAUUGAGAGUGGUGCAUUACCCAUGAAGAAUUCCGCCCUGAAACAAGUAGAAUGUUGGGAAACUGUUACUCCGGAUAGUUUAUACGUGUUUUCAUCAGAUGGUAUCGAAAGCAAAGAAAAGGUAGCCGCAUUUGAUUUAGACGGCACCAUAGUCACAACAUUAUCAGGGAAUAUAUACCCGAAAGAAACGAAUGACUGGAAAAUUGCGUAUCCUACUGUGAUAGAAAAAUUGAAAGAACUGCAUCGUGAUGAUUAUAAAAUAGUAUUCUUUACUAAUCAAGCUGGUAUCGCUAGCGGUAAACUAAAACUAUCUGAUUUUAAGCAAAAGGUCGAAGCGAUUGUUGAAAAAAUUGAAUUACCUAUACAAGUUUUCGUCUCCGGUAGAGACGAUAUUUGUCGAAAACCUCGUCCAGGAAUGUGGAAUUGCUUUGUGAAGAAUAAAAAUGGCAAUAUUCCUGUGAAUUAUGGAGAAUCGUUCUUCUGUGGUGACGCUGCCGGAAGACCGGCACAUUGUGAACCGAAUAAAAAAAAGAAAGAUUUUUCGUCUUCAGAUCGAUUAUUCGCUAUAAAUUUGAACUUGAAAUUUCACACGCCGGAAGAAUAUUUCUUAGGAUGGGACCCGGCGCGGUAUAAGUUACCUGACUUCUAUGCGAAAAAUUUGAAAAAUACUCGUACUUCUUUACUCGAACCGAAAAGUGCUAACUUGAGAGCUGAUUCCACCGAAAUAAUAGUCAUGAUCGGAUAUCCAGGCUCAGGGAAAACGUUCUUUUCUAAAACUCACCUAGUAUCUGCAGGAUAUAAUUAUGUGAAUCGAGAUACUUUGAAAACUUGGCAAAAAUGUGUCAAGUUGACGGAACAUAGUGUUGGCAAUGAUAAAUCGGUUGUUGUAGACAAUACAAAUCCUGAUAAGGAAUCUAGAGCUAGGUAUAUCAACGUAGGAAAAGAAUUCAAUGUUCCUGUGCGAGCUUUUUGGAUGAAUGUUUCAUUGGAUCAUGCUAGACAUAAUAACACCUUCCGCAAGAUCACUGAUACUACUCACGAAAUCGUUCCUAAUUAUUCAUUAAAUCAUUUUACAAUCGAACCGCCGGACUUGAGUGAAGGAUUUACUGAGAUAGUUCGAGUUAAUUUUGUACCGAAGUUCAAGAAUGACGAAGAAGAAAAGCUGUAUUUCUCUUAUUUAUUAGACUACUGACUAACGAUGACUAGCUUUAACAUGGGCUAUCAUAAAUGCUCAAAUUCGUGCUUUGGUUUUUACUUUUUUCAUCAGAAAGAUGAAAAAUGAUCGAUGUUUUUUUCGUGAUUUCCAUUUUAUAUUUCUGGAAGGGGACUUUUGUAUUUUUCCUUUAAUUCUUUAUUAUAUUUUCGUAUGAAUUCUGUAGUUAGAUCUUUUAUUAAUUCGUAAUUCAUUUCAUUUUUUUCCUUCGUAAUGUAUUCUUUUAAUUCUGUAUUAUCUUGUUCAAUUACCGCGAGUUUGCGCUCUAAAGCUUGCAGUUGUUUAUGUGUUUCGUUUUCGUCCAGUUCUUUCUAUAAAUUGUUCACAAUUUAUUUCAAUUUUUUUUACUAAUAAUAAAUCUAUCUACGAAUGUUUUUUUAAA